AUGAAGUCAUCCGGGAAGCCGACGAAAAGCAAAGCUGCAGAUGCAGCCGCCGAGACGCCCAGCAAGGGGAAGGUGGAUGAGGCAGCAGCCUCGGGAGCCACGAGGAAGCGCCGACGGAUUGAAAAUUUCGAGGAAAAGAGCUUUGCUGGAAGGCCCCGUCCUAAGGGAGAGGACACUGGUCUCCGGUGGCAAAUGAUCCGAGAUGUUUUCUUUGAGAAGAUCCACUCGCAGUUCCGAUACCCCUCGCAACACCAGGAUCCCUUCUGGCUGCUAGUGAAGCCGCAACUGCCCCAAAAGGGGACGCCUGAUGACUACAAGAAGAUUGCCCGCAAAGCCGCUCGUGAGCUUGCCGUUCUCAUGGUGCUCUGCGGAAAUCCAGAAGGGGCAUUCGCUGCUAUUGGAAUUGAAUGCAGCUCUUUCGUCUUAAUCAAUUCCGGGUCCAUCCUCCUGCUCGUCCUGCUGAGCUGCCUGGGACACGUGUGGUAUGUGGCUGGAGUCCCUGCCACUAGUCAGUUCAUUCAAUCCUUCGUGAUGUGCACAUUAUCCACGCAGACUGCUUGGCAUUUGGCUUUCGACUUGGGGAAAUUGGUUCGGAAGGAGUUCAAGCCCAAGUACAAAACGGGGCACCAGUACACGGAUCAGCAUGGCCGAAGGAUUUACCCUGCCAUCUUCGCUCGCCGGGUGGUGAACAUGGUCCUGCCUGCACGUGAGCUUCCGCGGCCCAAGCCCGCCGAGGCUUCUCCUGAGAAGAAUAUCUAUGACUUGUUCGGGGACCUUUCUUGGAGGGCUGCAGAUGAGUGGUCUGAGGCUGACCUUGGAGAGGGCAGUGCUGAGACUGUGCCCAGCUCCACCCGCACGUUGGGUCGGGGCAUGGCUCUUUUAGAUAAUAUCGCCAAUGAUGGUGUGGUCAAACAAGAACCACCGGAUGAUGAAGCAGAGAUUAUGAAACAAAUUCAGGAGCCUCCAGCCGCAGCCGAAACAGAAGAAACCCAAGUUGAUGCAGAUAACACAGCAGAGGAAGGACUAGAUGAUGACGAAGCCAACAGGUUAAAGGAACAGAAGAAGCAGCAGCUAGAAGCAGCCAGACAGAAAGCCGCAGCAGCAGAAAAGGAACGACAAAGGCUUGCAGCAGCAGGAAAGAAACUGGCAGCAGCAGAAAAGGAACGACAGGAGCUGGCAGCAGCAGAAAAGAAGGCCGCAGCAGCAGAAAAGGAACGACAGGAGUUGGCAGCAGCAGAAAAGAAGGCCGCAGCAGCAGAAAAGGAGCGACAGGAGCUAGCAACAGCAGAAAAGAAGGCCGCAGCAGAAGAACAGGAACGACAGGAGUUGGCAGCAGCAGACAAGAAGGCAGCAACAGCAGAAAAGGAACGACAGGAGCUAGCAGCAGCAGAAAAGAAGGCGGCAGCAGCAGAAAAGGCUCGACAGGAGCUAGCAGAGGCAGAAAAGAAGGCUGCAGAAAAGAAGGCUGCAGCAGCAGAAAAGGUUCGACAGGCACUAGUUCGACAGGAGCUAGCAGCAGCAGAAAAGAAGGCCGCAGCAGCAGAGAAGGAACGACAGGAGCUAGCAGCAGCAGAAAAGAAGGCCGCAGCAGCAGAAAAGGAACGACAGGAGCUAGCAGCAGCAGAAAAGGAGGCCGCAGCAGAAGAACAGGAACGACAGGAGUUGGCAGCAGCAGAAAGGAAGGCCGCAGCAGAAGAACAGGAACGACAGGAGUUGGCAGCAGCAGAAAGGAAGGCCGCAGCAGAAGAGCAGGAACGACAGGAGUUGGCAGCAGCAGAAAAGAAGGCCGCAGCAGAAGAGGAACGACAGGAGUUGGCAGCAGCAGAAAAGGCCCGAAGGAUGGAGCUUGAAGCACAAGCAGCCGCAGCAGCAGCAGAGCUAGCAGAAUUGGAGGCUGCCCAGCAGUUCCUACGCAACCAAACACAAGAAGCCAGGGCAAGGGAGGACUUGGCAAACAGACGUGUUGCCGAAGUGAAAAGAAGGAACCAGGAAGCAGAAGCAGAAGCAGCUGCUGCUAAAGCAAGGCGGAUUGAGGAGCAAAUCCAAGCAGAGGCCCAGCAGGCCGCAGCCGAGAUCACCGAAGCAUUGCAAGAUGAGCAGCAGUCGGCGCAGAUGCUCGCAAGGGCACAAGCUGAUGCCAGGCAGUAUGAGGAGAAGUUGGCAAUGGCCAGAUUCAAGCUCGAAACAGCAAAGGCAAGCAUGAACAGCACGCCGCAAGCACCACCCAACCGGAGCUCGACAGAAGUUUGGACACAGGAUGCCCAGCCCCCGCAGCGAUGCCUUUCUUUCGGAGGUUGCACCCCAACCGAGCCAUGCCCGCCGACCCCAGAGCACACCACACCCGAGCCCCAAGCCGCUCCCACCAGAGUAGCACCUACCCCCAAUAUGCCGCCAAGCAGAAGAGAGACUGCAGAAGCACCCAGCCGGCUUACCCUGCUCAAGCGAAUCAACCGGGCAAUGGAGCCCAAUGCCAAAGGUGAGUUCAAAGUUUCUGAGGAGAUCAGAUUGCAAUGGAAGGGGGCAGGCAAAGAGGGUGUGUUCAAGCUCUUCGCCGAGGUUGGCAACAACACCGAAGCAUUCAUAAAAAGGUUCUCGGCCACCCGGGACUCUGAAAGAGAGAUGCAGAUCGGUGUGGAGUUUGAGUUUCUGACGAAACAGGAAAUGGCCGACGACCAAAACAUGUCACCGGAUGAAAUUGACGCUUGUGUGGCCGAAGCCGAGAAGAACCCGGAAAAGAUGAUGAAGCACCCGUACAAGAGAAACACGUGGCGAUACUAUUGCGAGCUGAAAAACUCCCACAACGAAGAGCUUGCGAAGACGAUCAAGCGGCUUGGGUUUCCGGAGCUCGCGGAAGCAGCCAAGCCUUCCAGCAUCAUAGGUAAAGCGCUGGAUGCGAUUACGAAGAGGCUGAAGAUGAUGGGUGAUGUUCGUUGUUUGUACGAAAAGAUCGCUGCACCCAGCGAGCUUAUGUCGAAGAUCUGCCCUCAGCUACUGAUGAAGCUUCGACUGGAUGCGAUGUACACCAGCCUCGACGAAGGCCAUGAUCGGCUACAAGCUUCCCAGUCCAAGGGCUUACUGGAUGGCUUCACAAAGACACUCCUGCCAAAGGCCAUCAAGCAUGAGGAGCCAGAGGAUCCCAAGCUGAAGUCAGCCCCAGCUGCGAUCGUGGGUGAGUCUGCAGCAGCUGCCAUCAAAGAUGGCCUGAGGAACAGCAGCAUGCAGGCAGCUGCCAAGGUAGAUAAAUCACAUUCGGAGAGGAAUGCCCAUCGGCUGUUCAAUCGGUUGUACAAGCGCAAUGAAGCAGCACUGCCCGCCAUCCUCAAAGAGACGGCACGGGAGCUAGAGCAGUUGUUUCAGCAUGGGAUCAUUACAUCCUCGGGUGUCCGCAUCAGAUUCGCUCUAGUGGGUUGCAAGGGUGAUGCCGAAUGGCAUUUUGAGGCAGGGCAAUUCAAUAGGUCGUAUCAUAGGACGGGCCCCAAAAACGACCUGAUGAUUUGCCCCUGGUGUUCAGCCGGUGCACCCGGCCUGCCGUUCACUGAUGCCAGUGAUGAGCCAUGCUGGGCUCCAACGGUGGGUAGCUCGGACCCAUGGCAUGCGGAAGAUCUUCCACCCCUGAAUCAUGCACCGUUUUCCGGUAACUUCCGUGCAUUCAUGUACAAGUUUGACCCGUUCCAUGUCUUGAAAUUCGGCGUCUUUCGAGACUUCAUUGCAAGCUCUAUCAUCCGCAUGUGCUGCAUGGGUCUGUUUGAUGCUGCAGGUGAUUCUGUUGCAAUCGAGAAUCGUCUAGAGCGAUGUUUUUCGAGCUUCAAGCUUUGGCAACUGGCCAACAAGAAGUGUGCAGCCACAAAGGGCUUCACGAAGGACAACAUGAAGUUCAAGUCUUAUAAGUCUUUCUGCUGGAUCAAUGCUAAAGGCAGUGAUGUUACGCUUCUUCUUAUGUGGCUUGACUUUGUGACCGGCUUGUUUUGUGGCAUGCAUGAUUCACAUGUACUACUUGCCAUUCACCAGGCCGCCCGAGGCGCCUUGGAUUAUAUUGGAGUGAUGCACGGGCAUCCGUUAUGGUUGCGACGAACUUGUGCACAAGUCCAAGUACAUGCUGGGUACACCUUUGUUCGUGGCUACCUGUGGCUAGCCAAUGAUAGCAUGCAGCAAGGCUUGGCAGGAUAUCGCUUACGCCCCAAACUCCACUACAUGUGUCACCUCCUCAAAGAAACCCAAGAUCAGCUGCUCCGUGGUUCCGAAUACAUUCUGUCCAGUGCAGCAUUCUUAUGUGAAACUGAUGAAGACUUUAUCGGUCGUGUGAGCAGAACAUCCAGAAGAGUAGCUGCACGGACAGCAUGCUACCGCACAACACAACGGUAUCUUACGAAGAUGCGGGCGCUUUUAGAUCGUUUGCAGCUCGGCUGA